CUUUAUAAGCGACUGACACGUUUACACGCGAAGUUGUGAGCGUCGUAAUACAUUUACAAAAAAUAGACUGAUUAGAUUACAAAAAAUUUUUGUUUUUUCCUAGUAUUUUUAGAAAACACUAAGGAUGGUUGGAAGAAACGCUAAACGUUUGCUUAAAUAUGUUUCCGAACAAACUCUUUAUUCAACGAGAAAUUAUGCAACUGCGAAGAGAGUGGUUGCAGCAAAACCUGUGGUGGAAAUGGACGGAGAUGAGAUGACUCGUAUUAUUUGGGAAAAAAUUAAGGAAAAACUGAUAUUUCCAUAUGUCAAGCUAGAAUGCCUUUAUUUCGAUCUGGGUCUGCCGCACCGUGAUGCAACUGAAGAUCAAGUAACCAUUGAUGCAGCUCACGCCAUUCUCAAACAUAACGUCGGUAUCAAAUGCGCUACCAUAACACCCGACGAACAACGAGUUGAAGAAUUCAAACUCAAGAAAAUGUGGCUAAGUCCUAAUGGAACCAUCAGAAAUAUUCUCGGUGGUACCGUAUUCCGCGAACCCAUCCUCUGCCAGAGCAUUCCCCGUGUCAUUCCUGGAUGGAAUAAAGCCAUAGUUAUUGGGCGUCAUGCUCAUGGGGACCAGUACAAGGCUCAAGAUUUUGUUAUUUCAAAACCCGGCAAGGUGGAGAUGGUCUAUACAGCCAAAGACGGUUCUGUAGAGAAAUUUUUGUUGUAUGAUUACAAAUCCCCUGGCGUCGCUAUGGGCAUGUACAAUACCGAUGAAUCUAUCCGUGCUUUUGCACACUCCAGUUUUCAGGUUGCAUUGCAAAAGCAAUGGCCAUUAUACUUAUCAACAAAAAAUACGAUCCUCAAACGAUAUGAUGGCCGUUUUAAGGAUAUUUUCCAAGAAAUUUAUGAAAGCGACUAUAAGAAGAAAUUUGAGGAUGCGAAGAUCUGGUAUGAGCAUCGUCUAAUCGACGAUAUGGUAGCGCAAGCUAUCAAGAGCUCGGGUGGCUUUGUGUGGGCUUGUAAGAAUUACGACGGCGAUGUUCAAUCGGAUAUUGUCGCACAGGGUUACGGAUCACUAGGGAUGAUGACCUCCGUGCUGAUGUGUCCCGACGGGCGCACGGUGGAGUCGGAGGCCGCGCACGGCACGGUCACGCGCCACUACCGCAUGCACCAGCAGGGCAAGCCCACUUCCACCAACCCCGUCGCUUCCAUCUACGCCUGGACGCGGGGUCUCAUCCACCGCGCCAAGCUAGACGGAACACCUGAAUUGGCGCAAUUCGCCAACGCUUUGGAAGAGGCUUGUGUGGAGUGUAUAAACAGCGGUAAGAUGACCAAGGAUCUAGUCAUAUGCAUUCACGGAAUGGCUAAUACAAAGGAGGGAAUGUACUUGAACACGGAAGACUUCCUUCAGGCCAUCGCAGACCAACUUGAGCGUAAACUUACCAAGUGAUUAUUUGAAUUAGACGUUCACGAACAUGUAGCUAAUAUGAUGUAAAAACCUUUUUAUUCUAAUUAUUAUUUCAUAUUUGGUGCUUAUUAUUUUAUUUAGUGUUAUUGCUACUUAAAUCACAUAACUUGUAACAUAUUGAAUCCACGAAAGUAUAAUUUAAUUAAUUUAAAAUGAUAUAAUAAUAUUUUAAAUUGAUUUGAAUGAUCUUCAUAGUAUGUGAAGAUAAGUUAUUUCUCUGGGUGCAGGUGCUAUUGUUACAUUAGAAGGCUCAAAGAAAAACAUUGAUGCAAUGUUUGUAUAUACUUAUAGAUAACUUUAAAUGCAUUUAGCAGUACAAUGAAAUGAAUCCACCGCUUAUUCCACUUGUUUUGAAUGCACUUCAGUUGUAUCUUUUUAUAUAAAAGAUUUAUUACAUUG